CUUUCUGUAUCCUGCUGACCAUAGUACGUCCAGCUGUCAUAAAUGUUUGUCUGGUCUUGGUUAAUGUGCUCUUUCAAAAAUAGAGUAUAGCCUGGGUGUCAUCUUCUCUUAAUGUGCAUGUCCUUGCUAUUUCAGCCUGGCAACUAGACCUAUUUAAUGCUCAGCUCUCUCCUUAAUGGUUCGCUCCAACAACGUCUGACACUCCAGAACAGAGGAAGAACACAACAUCACUGACACUUGUCUCCAACUACCCAAAAAUGGCUUCUAAAUACAUCACAGAAAUCUCCACUGACUCUAAAAGGGAACAACAUCUUCGUGGCCAAGGCUUUCCCAUGAUGGAUGUAAACCUCAACCAAGGCAAUUCAUCCACCACCUGAGUUUACAUGUGGUACAAAAAGGGCAAUGAAGAACCCAUCACCAGAGUCCAGUUUUCAUUCACUGAUGGAAUGAAAGAUGGCCUGAGGAGUGUAGGGUUCACUGAGCUCCCAGAAAACCUCAACUCUGGAGCAGAGGGAGAUGUCAUCCAUCUGUGGUACUUUAGUGGUGCAAGCCCUAAGUAUGACAUUCCCAUUGUAGAUCUGCUACUCACCACUAAUGUGAAGACAGAGGCCGUUCAAUUCAAAUACAGCUGGGAAAGGCUAUCAUGUGAUCUGAACCGCGGUAACUCAGGAGAUCACAUCAACCUCUGGGUGAAGAGAGAGACUGAGACCUACAUCUGUGACGUUGCUGCCACCACCUCAUACCAAGAACACAUCAACCUCUGGGUGAAGAGAGAGAGUGAGACCUACAUCUGUGACGUUGCUGCCACCACCUCAUACCAAGAACACAUCAACCUUUUCAACAAGGGCUACAUCCGGAUGGAUGAAGAUCUCAAUAGAGGUGCUGAAGGAAACUGGAUCUUCCUCUGGUACCUUCAAUCCACCCAUAAGGGCUGCGGGGUCACCAGGGUGAAUGCAUCCAUCAACCACGAGCAGGAUUUCAGCCUACAGCAGCAUGGUUUCUCCGUGGUGAAUGUUAACCUCAACGAGGGAACAUCCGGUCGGCCAGUGUUUGUCUGGCUCAAGAAAGAUGGAUCUCUCCCGAUCAAGGCCUUGACCGUUACAUCCAACCCCAGGGCAGACGGCUGGGUCUUCAUUGAAAGAAGCCUGAAUUCUGGCAACAACGGUGCGCCCCUCUUCCUCUGGUAUGGCAAGUAAAAACCUGCGGUGGAGAGGCAGUCAGGGUAAAAAUGUGCCAGAUGCUAGCUUUUGCAUGGCAAUUUCUGUCUAUUUUCUGUUUAAUUUUGUAUUAUCUUUCUGAGAAAAAAUGUGUAAUUACAUUAAACUGAAUGUUAGCUUUUAUGUCAUCAAGUCACUGUCAUAGAUCAUUUAGAAAUGUUUUAAAGUUGACUUUAAUGUUCUUUCCAAUUAAUUCACAGUUGAAUUAUGGUAUUCAAUUUUAGUAUUGUCACAGCCGUCAAAGGAAGUGGACAUGAGCGUACAUAUUCCUUUAUUUAGGUGACGCCAACAAAAA